AUGACUCACCUGCCCCCCAUAAAUCUCGUUGGUCUUAUCAACAGAUACGCUCCAGCUCAAGCGUCUAUCUUGCAGCAACUGGAGAUCCGAGAUAUCAUAUCCUUAUCUCGUGUGUGUAAGAAAUUGAGUCACGUCUACAGCACCACAAUCAAAACUCAGUACAACAUCAAUAAUGGCUUGAGGCGGUUCUUCAAUUCACCAAUCGAAUUCCGAAACGUGCAAGCGGAAACUGAUGCCAUCAUCUGCAACAGCACCGCACUCUACUUCUUUCUUCGUAGACCCUUCACAGGAAUUUCGAUAUUUGUGGGCAAAGGAACAUCUGCUACAAGGAUGCUCGAUUACCUCAAGGAAGAUGGUUGGCAUGAGGUUGGAGAAACUGUAGCGCAUGAGAAGUACGACGGGUUACAUUAUUUCGACAAGCAUGCUGCUAUCUGCCCUAACAGGGUAAGGAGGAAUGAGACAGAUAAUUGGAAUCCCUGCUUCUGUCCCCAUCUGUGUCUUGGGGCCACAUGCGAGUCUGCGCUUUCCACUGCGCUGUUCGAUCCACACGUCACAGAAGCACUCAACAUCAUAACGUGGUCACACGCGUAUUCACUUCUACCGUAUACAACUUUCAUCCUCAAACGCUCCUUUCUCUUAGAGAAUGCAGUCAAUCGUUCUCCGCAACGUCUGGGACAGGUAUUGCGGUCUAAGAAGCAUAUCCUCGAUCUACCAACUGAGCCUCUAGACCUUCGAGAUGCACAAAAUGCAAAUCCGACUGCACUUUCACCUCCAGCUCUCUCGAGGCAGCUAGUGUCCCGUGUAGACCACGGCCAUCGGCGCAUGGGAGAUAGACAUACAUGGACGAUAGCUUUGGGUACUGACGGAAUUCGUCAACCGACUAAAUCCACCAUCCCAAUCACCUACGCGAGCUUCCGGAUCAUACCUGAGCCCAACCCUCCACCCAUCGAAGACAACCAUGGAAGACUUCGAGACACACCAUCCUACUACUAUGUUCUCUUUAAUUCCGUCGCUGCCCCAUGUUUGAAGUACGAGUAUCUUGUCGAUCCUACCGAUGGUGGAAACCCUGCUUGUAGCAUUGUUGCAAGACGGUACAAGGAGAUUAGUUUUACACAGAUAGAGGCAUUGGAAGAUGUAGAGAAGCCACCACGUUGGACAUCAAAUGGUUCGACUAGCUUGAGACAUGGGUGGGGAAAGUUUGGCUGCGAGGUACCUGUCAGUUGGAAGUGGUACGAUGAUGAGGUUGAGGAAUUGUUGAGGUCGCGAUGGGAUAGGGAUAGCCCGCUGGAGGGACGGCUGAUAUAG